AUGCAACUCGAUGAACAGCCUCGUACCGAAUCGGAACAAGAAUCCAAUGAUCGUUUGAAAAUCUUAAAACAAAGAAAUAUUUCAUUUCUUGCUGGAAUUGUAUUGCGGAUGAUUGUCAUUGUGUAUAGCUUGUGGCAUGACAGGAAUUUUAUGGUCAAGUAUACAGAUGUAGAUUAUCAAGUUUUUACAGAUGCUGCAGAAUUUGUGGUGAAUGGAGAAUCGCCCUUUAAAAGAGGAACCUAUCGUUAUACUCCAUUAUUGAGCUACAUCAUGAUUCCAAACAUUUUAAUUCAUCCAAUCAUGGGGAAACUAUUAUUUUGUUUGGUAGAUUUACUUGUUGCAUGGCUUGUUUACGAAUUGUUAAACAUGAAUUUUAACAAAUUUUACCUCAAAGAGAAUAAGGACAACAAUAUUAGUCUCAUUCUUACCAAUGCAACAAUUCUCUUCAAUCCAAUACUAGUGAAUGUAUCUACUCGAGGCAAUGCCGACCAAUGCAUUGUUUUAUUGGUACUACUUUCGCUCUAUUCAUUCCAGAAACGACAACUCGUGCGAUCAAGUAUUUGGUUUGGUCUCGCUGUUCACUUUAAAAUUUAUCCUAUCAUUUAUCUUCCAACCAUUUUGAUAUACAUUUAUUUUUACAUGGAUUUUACAUCAGUCACAGAGAAAAUCAAAGCAUGUGUUUGGUAUUGCUUAUUGAGUGGAGGAACAUGCUUGGCACUGAUUGCACUGUUUUACCAAUUUUAUGGAUAUCAAUUUCUAUACGAGUCGUAUCUGUACCAUGUCGUGAGGAGUGACAAUCGACACAAUUUUUCAAUUUAUUUCUAUUAUUUAUAUUUGGAUGGAGCAUUGAUUGAGAAGAGUUCAAAAAUUAUUUCUCUACUGGCAUUUCUCCCUCAAUUCCUCUCUCUAUUGGCUCUCUCAUGGAAUACGACACGAAAGAAUUUUUUUUGUACGAUUUUCUCUCAAACAUUCCUAUUUGUCAUGUUUAACAAAGUGUGCACUGUACAAUAUUUUGUUUGGUUCAUUUCCAUAUUUGGAUUCACAUUACAGAGUUACUUUUAUGACAAGAUGAAAAACAACACAACGCGCUUCUCUCUUUUCGUUCUGUUCACAUGGAUUGCCUUGUGGUUUGUUGGGCAAGGAGUUUGGCUCUCAACAGCCUAUCGAUUGGAAUUUUUAGGAGAAAAUACGUUUCGAGAAAUUUGGAUGAGCAGUCUUCUGUUUUUCAUCAUUAAUACUGGAAUAGCUCUGUAUUUUAGACCUCUUUAA